GAGAGUCGCAAAGCCAAUCAGAUGCCAAGUUGUAUCCAUUCCACCAAUCAGAGCUUAAGUGGGGCGAGGCUUUCCCCUCCGUGUUCCGUGUGGAAAGUUUACCGGUUCGGGUGCAAAGUUUCAGCCGUCUGCAAACCGGAGCUCGUCGGCAAAGCUGUCUAGAAUGUGCUGGUAACGUCCACGGGGCUCUUACACGGGAACUAGAUUAAUAUCCUUGAAUUAUUUAGGCUCCACUGUUUUCUUAUACGGGCGAGUGAUGUUGCAAUCGCGAUAUAACGGCAGUGAAUGAAGACGCAUUGAUCGUAUUGUCUCCUGGGAGCCAGCUAGCUUAACGUGGUUAAGUCGUUAGCUUGGACUAACCGUAGCUAGCUGAUGUUCGAGUGAUCUCAUCAGGGGACACAUUUAUUUUAUCACCAGCUCGAAACUCGACCAAGGACCAACAGGACCUGGAAAAUGGCUUGUGAGCCCAAUCGCGUCCGGUUGCUAUGUAUGCUUUCAUUGACUUUCGUGUUUUUCGUCGUGGAAGUGGUGGUCAGCCGGCUGACCUCCUCUCUGUCUAUGCUGUCGGACUCCUUCCAUAUGCUGUCGGACGUCAUCGCCCUGGUGGUGGCUUUGGUCGCGGUGCGCUUCGCCGAGAAUACUCAGGCGACCAACAAAAACACCUUCGGCUGGAUCCGGGCAGAGGUGAUGGGGGCUCUGGUCAACGCCGUCUUCCUCACCGCGCUGUGCUUCACCAUCGUCCUGGAGGCGAUCCAGCACUACACCGAGCCCCACGAAAUCGAGAGCCCGGGGGUGGUCGCUGGGGUGGGUGCCGCGGGGCUCCUGGUUAAUCUGCUCGGACUCUGCAUGUUCCACGGGCACGCCGGCGGAGGCCACGGACACUCCCACGGAGGUCACUCGCACGGGAGUAAGAACAAGAGGAGUAAAGCCUGCAAGUCCCAAAAAUCUGGGAAUGGAUCUUCAGGAGAGGAGACCAACAACUUGGUGGGAAAUCACAACAGCCCUGGCGAUGUGAAACCGAGAGAUGAAAUCAGCUGUAAAGACAGCACAGAGGUUCAGAUGAACGGCAACACCCACUACGAGGACAUGGACCAUGACCACUCAUCGACGCAGCUCAACAUGCGCGGGGUCUUCCUGCAUGUGCUGGGUGAUGCGCUGGGCUCUGUCAUUGUGGUUGUCAAUGCUAUUAUAUUUUACUUUGUGUGGCAGCCCUGCAAAGCGGGUGAAGUGUGCGUGAACCCGUGCAUCAACAGCCACUCCACAGACCACCAACACGUCAAUCACACCCUCGUCGAUCUGCUGGAGGCCCACAAGACGGCUGGCCCCUGCUGGGUCCUUUACCUCGACCCCACGCUCUGCCUCAUCAUGGUGGGAAUCCUGCUGUACACUACCUACCCACUGCUCAAAGAGUCAGCCCUCAUCCUGCUGCAGACUGUGCCCAAGCAGAUCAACAUGCACAGGCUCAACGAGCGGCUGCUGAGUCUGGAAGGCGUGCUGGCCAUCCACGAGCUGCACAUCUGGCAGCUGGCCGGCAGCCGCAUCAUCGCCACCGCUCACAUAAAGUGUCACGACCCCACUUCUUACAUGGAGGUGGCGAAACGCAUUAAGGACUUCUUCCACGACGAGGGCAUUCACGCCACCACCAUCCAGCCUGAGUUCGUCACGUUCAGCUCGGAGUCCCGGGACUCCCUCUGCGAGCUCUCUUGUCGGACUCAGUGCGCUCCCAAGCUUUGCUGUGGCUCCGCAGACAAACAGGCCACAAGCUGCGAGAAGAAGGCCAGCAGCGACUGCAAGGCCGCGGCGUCCUCGGCCCUGGAGGUCAUCAGCGAGACCCCCGAGCACGCUGCGGCUGUUCAGGUGUGCCCUCGGUCGGAAGCGGAGGCCGUCGUCACCAGGGAGGUGGAGUCAUCUCUGUGAGAUGGGAGCGGCAGAGAGAAACAAAGAUGGAAAGAUGGAAAACUACCACCUAAAUUGAGAUCAUCUUCGUCUUUUUGACCCAUUGUUGCUCUGAUAAGAAAAUAAUUUUCCCUAAACUGUUGUUUUCCCCUUUUUAGUGACUGAACAUCCUCUUAUAAAACCUCAGUGUUCAUGCCUUUGAGCCUCAGUAACCCCCCCCCCCCCCGUUGCCUCUUGUCCUGACAGUAUGGUGACGAUGCAUGACCUACUGUCCUCUGAGACUUGAGCAGGACCUGCAUGAGUGUCCCCGCAUUAGCACCGUGUUGUGAUGCGUCCCUUUUGUCCCGUGUUUCUGUCCCAAAGCUUCUCCCUGCUGGUUUGAAGGGACCUGAGAGAAACCCCCUCUUCCAAAAGGUCAUGCACAACACAUGCAAAUCAGAGCACACGUCUUGUUUAGCCUAUGGACCUAUUGGCAUAAAGUCUCCUUUUCUUACUCCUUGGUCCCAAGUGGAGGAGUAUUUUAUUGCAUCAUAAUUUAAGUAUUUAAGUUAUUAGAAGUGAUCUAAUUCUCGCUAGAUGCUGUUUGUAAUACUCAGUUUGGACGAUAGAUUUUAAAUUUUCUGUCUUGAACCUUUUGGACGGGCCUUCUUUGCUGUAGUCAUUUGACAAAUGUGAUGUUUCAGCCUCUUCACUGGGUUUGACUUUUAACUUUAGUCUUUAGACGGAUACAGAAUCCAUAUCAACCCGUCUCUCUCUCUCUUUCUCUCUCUCUCUCUCUCUCUCUCUCUCUCUCUCUCUCUCUCUCUCUCUCUCUCUCUCUCUCUCUCUCUCUCUCUCUCUCUCUCUCUCUCUCUCUCUCUCUCUCUCUCUCUCACCUUGCCUUUUAAGUACAUAGAAAACUGCUGUGACAUAGCACAUAGUAUAUUAGACAGUGUAACUGAACCUCUUGCAAUGGCAGAGUCACAUGAUUAUUGUUAAUUCCUGGAUUUGACGCCUUGCAGGCCAGAAGGUUGAGUGUUUCGUGAUAAAGUGAGCACUGUAUGCAUUAGUAAAACACUAUCCUCCGUGUGAACCUGGGCUGUUCACGAAUGUGCUCGGCACCUUGUCACAAUCUACGCCGAGCAGGUUCCGUGACGCUUCCUUUGCAUGAUCAGGCCGAGUCCUGGUGUCUGGAGCCUCCGAGCUCUGCAGAGGAGCUCCAGUUGCUGCUUACCAGUACCAGCUGGUAUCCUCCAACAUGACUGGGGAGGGAAUGACUGAUCACAUAGCUUGUCUGUCCCCUGCUUUCUGCAGCCGAGCAGGCUAUUUUUGCUCACUUAAAGUCCAUAUGGUGGCCUUUGAACUUGUAUGAAUCUCCCCCAUCUGCUGUUAUCAUUUAACGGCGACCCAUCGGUGCAUCUCCUAUCGCCACUCCUCAUGAACAGUGUAUGCAAUAUAGAAACAUGUGCUGGGAAAUGGUUGACACCUUAUUGGGGUCACUUAUAUUCUCUGUCUCUUCAGUUUGUGUAAAAUGAUAAACAAAAGUGUUGUUUUAUUUUAUUUUAGAUAUGACGCAUCAGUUGAUGUGUUUUUGAUAUAUCUAUAUAUGUAUAUAUACACAUGCAUACAGUACAUGUCAAAUGUGUUAUUGUGCAAUAAAAAAUGAAUGGGUGUUUGGUACAACUGCUCAACCCACA